AUGAGGAAGUUACGACGCGCUCCCCGCCCAGGAGAGAAAUCCCGAAAUCUGGGUGUGCGUCUGAGUCAGAAGGCCAGAGCAGAUCCAGCCGGACCCCGAACCCGAUCUCAGCGGAGCCACGUCCCCGGCCCCUCACCCUGGCUGCGGGCGCCGGCACCCGCGCGGGUUCGCAGGCACGGGGAGCAGAACACAGCGAGGAAGCCCACACCCCAGAGGGCCGGGGCGGGACCGGGGCUCAGCGCCUGCCCUCGGGGGCGGGACGGCCCCCCCGGCCUCACCCCCGCGGGUGUCGCGUCAGCCGCGUCCCGCCCCUGCCACCCUCUGCCCGCCCACUCCCGGGCCGCCCACUCCCCGGGGCCGUCCACUCCCUCUGGAUGCCCUCGGGGCACCUGGCUGGCAAGGUCCAGCUCCCCGAGUGUGCGACCCACCCCGCGCACAUUCCUCUACUGCGCGCGCGCGCGGGUAGUGUGGUCUCCAGCGAAGCCUGGAAUCAGGGCGGAACCAGCCGGUGUCCCCUUGCUGAGGCCGGUACAGAGAGCAUUUGUUGAUGGGAGGGAUUAACCGGACACCGAAGUACAGUAAACCAGUCACAGAACCUGCUCGCCUGUAAGUGCCAGUCUAGAAAAAACAUUUUUUUUUCCGAUCCUAAAGGUCGUCCGUCCUUCCUUCUUUCCUUCCUUCCUCCCUCUCUUCCUUUCUCCUUCCUUUCUUCCGUCUUCUCUUCUAAGUUUCUGCUGAUAAACAUUUGAGUUAUUUUAGGUUUUGUCCACUGGAAACGAAGCUCCCAUAAACAUCUA